CCCAUAUCCCAUAUCCCAUAUCCCUGUGCCCCAUAUCCCAUAUCGGUGUCUUUGGGGUGUCCCCAUACCCCAUAUCCAUAUCCCAUAUCCCCUAUCGGUGUUUUUGGGGUGUCCCCAUACCCCAUAUCCCCUAUCGGUGUUUUUGGGGUGUCCCCUCUGAUCCCGUUCCCAUCCCUCAGGGAUCUCCUGGAGUCCACCCCGUCCCCGGUUGUUUUCUGCCACAACGACGUCCAGGAGGGGAACAUCCUGCUGCUGUCGGGGCGCGAGGGCUCCUCGGAUCGGCUGAUGCUCAUCGACUUCGAGUACAGCAGCUACAACUACCGGGGAUUUGACCUGGGAAACCAUUUCUGCCCCAAUGGGAUUUGGGAUUUUACUCCCCAUCCCUAUUCCCAAUGGGAUUUGGGGUCCCCCUCACUGUCCCAGCCAG